AUGGCUCACCGUCUGUUUGAAGGCAAGGAGCAUGCUGCUUCCUACUGGAAGUACAGGAUCUCUCCAUCAGAUCAUCUGAUACAACAGGUGCUAGACUUCCUUGAAAAACAGAAAGGUCGUCCCUUUGAACUCGCAGUGGAUGUGGGUUGCGGCUCAGGACAGGGCACUUUGCUGCUGGCCAAACACUUUGCCUCCGUGGUGGGGACAGACGUGAGUCCUGCCCAGCUGGAAGUGGCUUUGCAGCAUGCUAAAGAGCCAAAUAUCACAUAUAGACAGUGUGUGGCUGAGGAGCUACCAUUUGCCGACGGCUCAGUGGACCUGAUGACGGCCAUGUCCGCCUUCCACUGGUUUGACAGGCCACGCUUUCUCCAAGAGGCCCACAGAGCUUUGAAGCCUCGUGGCUGCUUGGCUCUGCUCAACUACACCGUUGACAUGGAGCUCAGCUACCCCGACUGCUGCUCGCACACGCUGAAUCAAGUCUGCAAAGAGUUUUAUGCAGCCUUACAGCCGUACCGCAGUCCUCAUCUUGGUCCCAGCUCUACUGAGUUAUACCGGGAGGCAUAUGAAUCCAUCCCUUACCCUGACAAGGAGUGGCAAGAGUGCGUGUGGGUGAGGAGGCCCAUGCCUCUGUCCAGCUACAUGGGGUUGGUGGAGUCUUUCUCCAGUUAUCAGGCUCUGCUGAGAGACGACCCACAGAGGGCCACCAACCUCUCCCAGGACACCUGUCAAAGGCUGAUGUCCAUAAUGAGGGUGACCUCCGGAGAGACGGAGGUGGUUGUGGCUGUGAAGUAUUCCUACCUGCUGGCCUGCAAACCAGAGGAUGCCUGA